AUGGGUGCAGCGGAGGAGGCGGAUCUGUUGAAGGCCAAGGGCAAUGAGGCAUUCAACGAGGGGAAAUGGAAUCACGCUAUUGAGUUGUACACACAAGCACUGGAACUCUACAAAACACCAGCGCUGCUCUGCAAUCGUGCCUUUGCGUACCUCAAGACAGAAAUGCCGGGAGCCGCACUCGCCGAUGCGGAUGAGGCCGUGCGACUCGAUCCGGGAUUUGUGAAGGCAUAUUACCGCAAGGCCUCCGCACACUUGUAUCUUGGGAAGCAUAAGGAGGCAUUGAAGGAUUUCAAGACCGUCGUGCAACUCAUUCCUGGCGAUAAGGAUGCACGGAUGAAAUUGGAUCUCUGUGAAAAGGAAGUGCGCCGCAUUCGAUUUGAAAACGCUAUUAACACUCCAGAUGCAGAGCCAAUCUCACGCACAAUCAAGCUAGGUACAAUACGACCGGAGUAUGAUGGACCUCGUAUUGAAAAUGAUACUAUAACUCUGGAAUUCGUAGAAGCUAUGAAAGAACGCUUUCGCUGUGAAAAACUUAUUGAUCGACGAGAUGUUGUUUUCAUCUUAUUGGAAAUUCUAAAACUAUUUAAGAGUUACCCCAAUUUUGUCACAGUUAAUAUUCCAGAUGGUGAGGUUAUCACUGUAUGUGGUGAUACACAUGGACAGUAUUAUGAUUUACUUCAUUUAUUUGAAAUAAAUGGAUGCCCAUCACCGAGUAAUCGUUAUCUCUUUAACGGUGAUUUCGUCGAUCGUGGUUCAUACUCCUUUGAAAAUGUAAUGACUCUCUUUGCGUACAAAGUACUCUAUCCAGAGUACAUGUUUCUCUCACGUGGAAACCAUGAGGGUGUGGCCAUGAACCGUGUAUAUGGCUUUGAGGGUGAAGUUACACAAAAGUACAGUAAAGAAGUAUUUCAUCUUUUCUCUGAGGUCUUUAAUGCACUUCCGACAGGUCAUAUAAUUAACAAGGAAGUUUUUGUGGUCCAUGGUGGACUCUACUCACGCGAUGAUGUUACCAUAGAAGAAUUACAGAAACAAAAUCGUUUCCGAGAGAUUCCUGAAAACGGAUUAAUUUGUGAAAGUCUCUGGGCGGACCCGCAACCAAUGCCAGGCCGUGCGCCGAGUAAGCGUGGAGUGGAUUGCCCCUCAUUUGGUCCCGAUGUGACGGAGAAGUUCCUCAAGAACAACAACUUAAAGUUAGUCGUGCGCUCGCAUGAGGUAAAGGAAGAGGGAUAUGAGCUGGAUCAUGAUGGGAAGUGCAUCACCGUAUUCAGUGCCCCAAAUUAUUGUGAUCAGAUGGGGAACAAGGGCGCUUUCAUUCGCUUUACUGGUGGGGAUAUGCAGCCGAAGUUUACGACAUUUACACAUGUGCCUCAUCCAGGGAAACGGCCUAUGCACUACGCCAUGGGAAUGGGCAUGUUCUAA